UGCAUUCGCUCUGAUUUUUCAGUGACACCAACCAGAGGAGGCAUUUUCUCACUUGGGGUGUGCAAGUGAAGCAUCAGAGACACAGCAGAACCUGUGGAUGCAAAUCUUCCAAGUGAAGAUGUUGCUCUUCCUAGCUUGUUUUAUGUAAUACACUUAUCCCAAAGCCCACAACAGCAUCAGGUUAUGGCCUCUUUAGUGAUGCCAACUCCAGGCUGUCCCAAAUAGGCAUCAGUGUUGUCCCAUGUACAGGUUUGCAGUCCUGGAAAGACUGGCCAGAGAAGUGAGGGUGCCUGGAGACCCAGCUUCUGGGGUUUAUCAACUGGAGGGGAAAUGCCAGCAGCCAGGCUGAGGGAGGGGACCCCAGGACAUCUGGCUGGCUGGGGCAGGCUGUAGGCAUGCCAGUAUUUCCUGCUUCCUUGACUUCCAGUCUGUCCUUGACAGCAAGUCAUGAUUUGCUCUCACAGAGAGAUGUAAAAUUAACCCUCCCAACCAGGCUGGAUAGAGAUAACAACAGUGAGGUUAUAAUCACCCUGAGGGAUAAUCCAAAAGGAUGGAGCAGCCUGGUCUAAUGGAAGGUGUCCCUGCCCAUGGCAGGGUGGUGGAACAAGAUAAGCUUUAAGUUCCUUCCAAUCCAAAGUAUCCUGGGAUUCCAAGAUGGGAGUUCUGCAGACUCUGGAGGAACAACAGGCCUUGCAGAGGGAUCUGGAUAGAUGGACCAUCGGAUGGUUGUCAGUGGCAUGAAAUUUAACAAGUCCAAGUGCCAGAUUUUGUGCCCAAGACCAAGUGACGCUGAGCACAAGUAUAAACUGGGAAAGGAACAGCUGGGAAGCAGUCCUGCAGAAAGGAUCUGGGGAUCCUGGUUGGCAGCAGCUCAGUAGGAACCAGUGGUAACCAGGAGGGCAAAAGGCAUCCUGGGGGCAUCUCACAUGGCACAGCCAGCAGGGCAGGAGAAGGGAUGGUCCCACUGUGCUCAGCACUAGUGUGGCCUCACCUGGAGCCCUGUGUGCCAGGGUGGGCCCCAUCAUCAAAGAUGAUGUGAAGGUACUUGAAUGUGUCCAGAGAAGGACAACCAUGCUGGUGCCAGGGCUGGAAGACGUGUCCUGGGAGGAGGCUGAGGGCUCUGGGUUUGUCUGGUUUGGAGAGAAGGAGGCUGAGGGGCGACCUCAUCACUCUCUGCAGCCUCCUGAGGAGGGGACGUGGAGAGGGAGGUGCUGAUCUGAUGGGAACGGCUCAAAGCUGUGCCAGGGGAGGUUCAGACUGGACAUUACAGAGCAAAUAAUCAAAUACUGCAACAGGAUUCCUGGAGAGGUGGUUGAUGCCCCCAGACUGUCAGUGUUCCAGAGGCAUCUGGACAAUGCUGUAACUUUAGGAUAGCCCUGAACUGGUCAGGCAGUUGGACCAGAUGAUUGUCGUAGGUCCCUUCCAGCUGGACUGUUCUAUUCUAACGUGGUGGGGUUUGCUGGUUUGGGGUUUUGGUUUUGUUUGCUACAGUCUGUUUUGAAAUAACAGAAGAGAUCGUAAUUUAUGGUUUGUUGUACAAAACCACGUUGUCACCCUUCCGCUGCAGAUGGCAGUGAGUCAUCUGGUCUGCUUGGUGCUGGCUUGUCAUAUCCUCAUUUACCAACACAUGUCACUCUUAACCCAGGCUCUGUUGUGUCCAAACGAAGGAGAUGAUUGGGAAGAGCCUAGGGAUUUGCCAAAGGUAAAUAACCUGACCACCUUCUACAACAAAAUGACACUUUCUGUCAACAUGGGUGCAGCUAAUGAAUCCAAGCAGAGACAGAUGUUGUCCAGGCAGCUCUACCUCAUAACUUUAUUACCCCAUAUAUACAUUUUUUUACCCCAUGUGUAUAGAGGACAUCAAGGCAAGCCAGAUGUUUCUUAUCCCCACACAUGCCCACGUGACUGCUUUCAUUCACAAGGAAGGCCUCAAGGGGCCUUCCAGCUUCACCUUGUGAUUCUUUUCACACACACUAAUCUUAGCUCUGGCUAACUUAAGACCAGAAUACUUUUGCUUUAGUAUUUUCUUCUUCUUCUUUUAUCGUCCAGGUGGACAGUGGUGUCUGUCUAGCUGCCCCUACACAUGGGGAAAGCCCUACACGUGGGUGUCAGCAAAGCCUUUGAUGCUCUUUCCCAUAGUCUUGUCCAGGGUGGGCAGGGGUUUGAGCGGCCUGGUCCGAUGGAAGGUGUUCCCUUGCCCAUGGCAGGGGGGUCGGAACGAGGCGAGCUUCCAACUCAAACCAUCUUAUGAUUCUGUGAUUCUCCUGGACAAGCUGGCAAGGCACAGAGCAGCUGCCUGGGCUGUGGGACAGGUCAGAAGCUGGCUGUGCUCAAAGGGUGCUCAUUGGUGGUUUUUACUCCCAUGUACUGGUUUGGGAAGCCUUGCUGGAUGCCAUGAGGGUAGGACACAGUAGCUGUAUUCUCUGCUAGCUGCUUUUCAGUGAUUUUGACUCCUUUGCAGAGCAGUGACAUAAAAGUUCCAUCCAGAGCCUUUUCCUUGGGAGAGGAAUCAUCCUGGGGAGUCAGUUUUCUUCUGUUUUAGCCCAGGACACAGUCUCUACAACGCUGGGAGCUGUUGGAUUGCAUUAAGGAUGCUGGCUUAUGCUCAGCACCGUGUUGCAAACACCCUUCCCAAUACAAUUCUAAGAUCACACCUCUCUCAGCUUGGCCACAUGGAUGCUUUUGACAGGAAUACCUCCAUGUCUUACGUGGCCUGCCAGUAUCUAGUCCUGCCCUCCUUCAACUCUUUCUCUCUGCUAUGGCACACUCCCCACCUCUCCAUUCCUCAGGACGAGUUAGAGAGGAGCUGAUCGACCUCUUCUUGGGUGAAGCAGAGUAAACAAUGCCAUCAUUAGCAAAAAGGAAGAAUUUCUCCACAAAAAGAGUUACACAUCAGAAGGGAUUGCCCAGGGAGGUGGUGGAGUCCCCGUGCCUGGAGGUGUCCAAGGAGUGACAAGGAAUGAGCACUCAGUGCUCAGGUCUGGUUGACAAGGUGGGCAUCAGGCACAGGUUGGACUUGAUGAUCUUGGAGGUCUUUUCCAACCUAAAUGAUUCUAGAAUCCUGUGGUUCUGUGAAGACAGCCCAUGGAACACAGUCAGCCUGUGCUGCUUGCAUGUGGGGCGAUGCAAAAAUAUGAAAAGUCUGUUAUGUUUUUGAGGGAAAAAUAUGCAGGAUUUUCUUUCUGCUAGGAUAAGCUGAUGCAGCUCAUUCUUUCCAAAUCAGACUGUUUAUAUUCUCUGCCUUUUUCCUACACCAUUCUUUCUCUUUUUUCCCCCAAACUACUGACCAUCACUGUUUAAAAUACAGGCUUUCCACGUGAAAGGCUCUUUUUGGGAAGCAGAACUUUCCAUACUCCUGCUUUUCAGCUACAUAUGGAGAGAGUGCUCGGGAGGGAGUCAAGGCUGACACACAACCUAGUGCUGUGGCCAGGGAAGUUCUGGCACAGCUCCACUUAACCAUCUUCCUUACACAUGAAGAUCCUAAAGCUCCAUGUAAGUUUUACUGUUUCACUAAACCAUAGAGCAGUUCCCUGAGGGAAUAGAAGGGAAGAGUUAUUGUAGGGUAAUUUUACAGGAGCUUUCCUAGACCUUAAAUACCAGCAUUACUCUCCUGUUCCAUGUUCUCAAUGAUGCUUUCAAAUAGUGGUGCACUGUUGUUCAGGGGGGAGAGACAGGGUGGGUACAAGUGUGUGUAUUUUUACAAAGACUCAUUGUGGCAGGGGCUUCUUGUCCAAAAUUCUGUAUUUUUCUGGGACAGUCUGGAGUGUUAGGAUGAUGUGGAUUCUCCACACUUUGGAGCAGUGGUCUUCUGGCACAGUGAGGAAUCACUUGGCUCUCUGUACUGCUUUUGCCUCUCUCUCUGUACUUGUUUUUGGCUGGGAUAGAGUUAAUUUUCUUCACAGUAGCUGGUCUGGGGCUCUGUUUAGAGCAGUGAUGGAAGCACUGGGAUGUUGUAGCUGUUGCUGAGUGGUGCUUGCACAGUGUGAAGGUUUUUUCUGCUCCUCACCCUGCCCCACCUGUGAGGGGCUGGGGUGUGCAAGGAGCUGGGAGGGGCCAGGGCUGACCCCGCCUGACCACCGGGAUGUCCCACGUGUAGGACACCAUGCUCAGCAAUAAAAACUGGGGAAGAGGGAGGAAGGAGGGCAUUCCCAAGUCACCUUUACACCUGAUGGAGCCCAGCUCUCCCGGAAUAGGAAGCUUUGCUUCCCUUUAUCACAACCCAUGAGUUUUUGCACAUUCACCCCUCUGUCCCCAUCCCACUGUGGGGGUACGAGUGAGCGGCUGCACGGGGCUGAGCCCCCCCAGGGACUGCCCCCCAAAACGGAGCAGAGCCAGUCUGGAGCUGUGAGUCCAGUGCCCCAGCUCACUAAUCCUGCAUCAGCUGGCUGACCUUCACUGCCCUGGUCUCCGAGCAGCCCACUCCCAUAUGAAAUCAAAUAUUCCUGCCUGGCAUCGUUUUGGGGUUUUUUUGGCAUAACCAAACCUAAUGAUUCGUGUGCAACAGCCCAGGAGAGAGCAACGAACCAAUUGUAAAAGUGCAAAAAAUGGGCUUUUGUGAUCCAUGGGCUGGACCAGCUCCUGAGUGAGAAGCGGCACAGCUGACGUGUGUAACGUAACAGGAGAAAGAGGUCCAUGAAAUGUGCCCCCUUUGCCAGCAGCAGCGGGUGCUGUGCCAAGAGUAACCCUAGCAAUUCUCCGUAAAAGAGCACAUUGACUCGUGUUCUAGCGAGAAACUCAGGGAAAGCAACCCUACACCUUGCUAAUCUCUGAUCUUGGUAAGCACUGGGGUUGGGGCUGGCCUGGGGAAGCUGUGAUUUAAAAGGAAAUGCUGCGUUUUUAGGCACUCUGAAGACAGAGCACCAUGGGUGAAGGAGUUCUGAGGACUUGGCUGUUGGUGGGGCAGGUUGGGACACAGCAUACGAGGUUUGGAAAGGUGGCACUGUGGGUGGGGAGGGAAAGGGGACCACCAGGAGAUGCAUGGAACAUGGCAUGGCCAUAAAAGACGAAAAGCAACAACUUAAUCCCCCCUGAUCCAGGCUGGGAGGUGUGGCUACACUCUUGCCCAAACGAGGAGAGCAUUGGCUUCAUCUCUGCGUAGGGAAGAGGGAGAUGACCCCACUUCCAGAGCUGCAGGACAAAUCCUGCUCUCACCAGGGCAAUUUGCAACUGUCAAACCCACUUUGUCUAGUGCUGGUGUACAGCAGCCUCGGUGGAAUUUUAAAUUCCUGCAUAAUGCAGGUUGUAAUGGUAGUUAGCACCAAGAAGUAAUUUUGCAAACAAACCAUAAAAUAAGGCUCGAUUAUGGGCAAGAGCUCUCCCCCCACCAAGGCCUGGAUGCAGCCAAGUGUCUAAACCAUUAACCUCCAGCUACAAUAAUUCCACUUUUACCAAAAAGUGGGAAGUCUGAAUGCUUUAAGAGGAAUUUUCAGUAAGUGAGCAACCAUUCCUGUUUUGCUGAUGUCCCUAAUUUCCUCUUACCGAAUGCGUCUGGCAGGGAAUUACAGUCCCAACCCACUGUGCAAGAAGCAGAGGAAAGGCACAGCAGGUGCUGUGACAUUCAGGGUCACAAAGGGACCAGUGCCCUCCAGCAGCCCCACACCACCAGCACCCUGCCUGGAUCCUGCUGUGAGCCCCCCACACCUGCAGCCAGGAGAGAGGGUGGUCCCCACUAAGGGGUCCCUGCCAAACCUUUCCUUCCCUGCAAAGCUGUUGCAAAUGCUGUGUCCUGGGGCAGCUUAUUAUACCUCUGUUGAUGCCCUGCCACACCAGCGCUUUCCAUGGCUUAUUAAUUAACUCCUACCCACUCUGUGAAAUACCCCUAGCCACUCCCUGUGUCCUCACCUUCCCAUUUAUAGCCGGGAGGGGAUGCUAGAAAUAGGUACGUGGGCACUAAGAGGCAGAGGAGAUGAAAAGGGUGCUGGACUCGAUUUGCAAAUGAGACAUUUCCCAGCUCGAAGAAGCAUGAAAAGCCCUGGGUGCACUCCAAGGCAUACCAGAUGUCUCAUCAUUUUCAGCCUUUUGCUGGGACUCAUCUUCCUGUCAGGAUUCUUCCAUAGGAAGGAUAAGGAUUAUGGAAUCUUCGACAGCCACGAGGAGCAAACUGUCGCCUUCCUGCAGAAUCUCAAACAGCCACUGCUGACCUCUCCCACGCCGUGCCAUGCCAAGACAAACGUCAUGUUCCUCAAGACCCACAAGACAGCCAGCAGCACCGUGCUCAACAUCAUGUUCAGGUUUGCAGAGAGGUACAACCUCACCGUCGCCCUCCCCGCUGGCCAGCAAUUCCACCUCGGCUACCCGAGGACUUUCAGGGCCCACUUUGUGGAGGAUUUUGAAGCCAUAGGCCAAAACUACAACAUCAUGUGCAACCACCUGCGGUUUAACCCCUCGGAGGUGCAAAAGGUGAUGGCACCCAACACCUUCUACUUCUCCAUCCUGAGGAACCCCAUUCCUCUGAUGGAGUCUUCCUACAUCUACUUCAAGAACAAUGUCCCCGCCUUCAGGAACUCCAAGGACGUGAACGAGUUCCUGGCAUCACCCACGAGGUUUUACCACCCAGCAGAUUACAGGGAGAACAUCCACGCCAGGAAUAUUAUGUGGUUUGACUUUGGCUACGACAACAACGCGGAGGACGAGGCAGAGUACACCCAGGCCAUCCUCAAGGAGAUCGAGCAGAACUUCCACCUCAUCCUUAUAGCAGACUACUUCGAUGAGUCCAUGAUCCUCUUGAAGCACACUCUGUGCUGGGAUCUGGAUGAUGUGAUUUACUUCAAGCUCAAUUCCAGAAGUCAGGACACUGUCCAGACUUUGACUCUGGAAAGUGAGGAGCGGGUAAAAGCGUGGUGCUCGCUGGACUGGAAGCUCUACCUGCACUUCAACCAGAGCUUCUGGAGGAGAAUUGAGGAGACCAUAGGGCUGGAGGUGCUGGAGAAGGAGGUGGAUCACCUGCGAACCAGACAGAAGGAGCUCAUGGAGACCUGUCUCUUGGAGCAGGAGCCAGUGGGGAAGGAUCACAUCAGGAACAAAGCUUUCCAGCCUUACCAGUCAGGGGCUGCAAAUAUCCUGGGGUACAACCUCAGACAGGACUUGGACAACAGGACUCUGAGAACCUGCCAGAAACUGGUCAUUCCAGAGCUCCAGUACACGUCCUACCUUUACACUGUCCAACACCCACACAAGAAGGGGAAGAAGCUGGGGUUGCCAUUGCCGUGGACCAGUCCCCAGGAGAGGAUGCAGCUCCCAAAUACCAGCUAGGACACAUGACAACCCACUGUGGCUUCCCACUGCUUUGCAUCACACCAUGUCUGGCAUGUGACUGACUGACACAAGACAGGACUCUUGUGCAUGGGGGGGAGGCAUUGGGGGCUUUGUUCAGGGUCACCGAGUUGGUGGUUUGUCCCUUUUUGGGGACCCCGAGCCAAAGGCUCUGCGUUGGUGAGAUCCUGUGUGAUCCUUCCUGCCUGCUCCCAGCUGUGGAGUGCUGGGCAGGCUGCAGCUGGCAUAGACAUUCCAGCUUCUUAAUCAUUAAUUACAGUUGUGAUCAUUUGCCUGCUUUAAUUUCAUUUGAUAUGCAUCACUACAUCCAGUCUGGUCACAGCUCA